AUGAUCAUUUACAGCAUAUAUAUACUAAACAAGGCUGGCGGGUUGAUCUAUCAAAAUGAUCUAAAUCCAGGGCUUUCAAAACUUUCAGCAAAUGAUUAUUUAGUACUAGCUGGAACCUUACAUGGGGUCCAUGCCAUUGCUACUCGAUUAUGUCCAACGGGCUCGAAUUUUACCGGAGAGGAGACUAACGUGAACUCUUCCAUAAUCAGUACAGGGAAAUCUCGACUACCAAACUCUAAUCGUCUGGGCUUACAAACUAUUGAGACAGAUCACUUUAGCCUAUAUGUUUUUCAGACAUUGACGGGAAUAAAGUUUAUCAUUGUCACAAGCCCAGCUCCAAUAAAGCCAACUGUGUCUUCAGGACCGGGUCAGAGUGACUUACGGAAACAGUACGACAUUGUUAGUGAUUAUUUCAGGCAGUUUUAUACCUUUUACUGCGAUUACGUGAUGAAGGACCCAUUUUACUCAUUGGACAUGCCAAUAAAGAGUACAAUGUUUGAUAGCAAAGUGAAGGCUUUGGCUAAAGAUAAGGCAUAA